AGAUUGUUCUACAUGUAAUUUAGGCAAUUUUAAGAUUAGAUUCAGACGUAGGACCAUAAAUUCCAUAAAUUCGUUGGAUGUGCUGGCAUGCUCACUAGCACGUACGAUCCAUGUGUGCGUCAGUAGAAAAAUCUUCAUUCCCUUCAUUUUACGUACGAAAAUAGUAGCAUGGCCGUCCGACCUAUAAUUAAACGUGGCCGCCGCGUUAGCAAAUGUCGGUUUGUUCAGUAUGAUAAAGUUAGCGGCCGAUGAACGAUGUUCUCACAAUAAGUCUGACCUAGUUAUAUCGCCAGGGGGAAUUAAAUAAACUUAAUAAAAUGUAAUAAACAUACCAUUUUGAUCGUGCGUCUGAUGUUACUUCAUUUUCGGCUGCCGAAUCAAUACCCUAAAUUAAUUAAAUUAAUGGUCGGACUUCAGAGACCUAAGUGGUCAAAGUUUAAAUCCGAUUUCGGCGAUGAUCUUGGAAAUUAAUUGAUCAUGGAGAGUGCUCCGAGGUACGGUGCGUGCCCGGUGUGCGGCGAAAACGCCACGUUGAAGUGCGGCAGCUGCAAACGGGAAUUUUACUGCGACAAGUCGCACCAAUCUCAAGACUGGCCGCGUCAUAAGUCCACGUGUGGCGGUUGGGAGAUAGGUCGCGACCCUGCACUCGGACGGCACUUGCUGGCGACCAGGGACUUGACGCCGGGAGACGUGAUCCUCUCGGAAGUGCCUUUGGUCUGGGGACCAUCGACUCACGCGAAUCAGCGGGUCUGCGUCGGUUGCGGUAAACGGUGCGACGACGUCGACGCGAGAUGCGGCGGGUGUUGCUGGCCGGUGUGCAGACCCGAUUGCGGAGGAUUGUCCGAUAAGAAGAGGCACCAGCUCGAGUGCGCUUUCCUUGCGCACGCUAGAAUUGUUCCCAGAUGUGAGGUGCUUCUGGUGAUUCGUAUACUGAUACUGUGGCGCAUGAAAUCGCGACGUUGGACGUCUUUGGCCAAACUGCAGAAUCACGUGGAGUCGCGUGGACCCGGCACCGAGGCUCACGACGAGGUGUUGAGUGUGAGCCAGCAUCUCGGGCCACUUUUAUCGAUGGCGUCUGAUUGCAAAGACAUUCUGCCGAUGAUUUGCGGCCUGAUCGACGUGAACGCGUUGGAGACCGCGCCGCCGGAAGGCUCGGUGGCGAUUUACGAGAACGCGUCUCUUCUCGAGCACUGCUGCAUCGCGAACACGCGACACAGCUUUCGCGUCGACGACAAAGGCAGACCGCGGAUUACCGUAUAUGCGGUCACGUCAAUUAAAAAGGGAGAACACUUGAGCACCAUGUACACACACGCGCUUUGGUCCACCAGGGUCAGGAGGGAGCAUCUCCUUGCCACGAAAUACUUCGCUUGUCGAUGCAAGCGUUGCGCCGAUCCCACGGAAUUGGGCACGCAUUUAGGCACCCUGAAUUGUCCCUGCAAAAACGGACUCAUGUUGCCAAACGAUCCCCUAAACCUGAAUACCGAUUGGUCCUGUGACGCGUGUCCGGGAAUAGUGACGUCCACGGAGAUCGCGGAGUUGAUGGAUAGACUGGAGCAAGAAGUUACGGAGGUCAUGAAGCAGGCGACCGAACAUACCUUAUCUGAUCUUCUUUCACGGCUUACGGUGCUGCUGCAUCCCGGUCAUCAGCAUUGCAUAUCCGUGAGCCACUCACUGAUGCAGCUGCUACCGGCGACCGAUCCACGGAAAUCGGAAUUAUGUAAGCACGUCAUGGACACGGUAAGUCGAUUGGAUCCGUAUGGCGCUCGUUUGGCGCUUUACACGGCGGUCACCCUGCGGGAGCUCGCGACAUGUCCCGGCGAGAAUAAGCGAGCCCAUCUCGCCAGAGCAGCUUCGUUGCUGAAAGCAGAACCGCCAAAUUCGCCCGGUGAAAGGCUCCUCAGACUCAUCGAAGUGGAACUUUGAUCUUAGCCCGUCGUGACACGUAACAGUAGCUAUAUUUUUGUUAUUAUACAAGUCGAUAUGUAAAACAGGGAAGGAUCUUUAGAGUUCUUACUUACAAAUGAGAAAGUACACGCCAGACUCGCGUGAAUACCAAUUACUUGUUUGUCUGUCUAAAUUUUUGUUUAUUUGUUUUUCUUUUCGAUUUCAUGUAAUCUCUAUUCAUAACUACAGAUGGCUGUAAAAAUGGCAAAAUUAUUGUAUUUAUUUAGGGUGAGAGAAGUAUAAAAAAACUUAUAACUAUAUGAAGAAUGUAUACACAUACAUGUUAUACAAAUAUCAAAAUACGUUGAUGUAUACGUUUGUUGUCGAUCCGCAUUUACCACGGAUGUCGCAUAUGUGUGUGUGUGUACACUUGUAUGGUUGUACGUGUCGUAAAAUCUAGACUAGAUGACUGUGCCUCUGCGACUGAACGUAAUCCUUAAAUCCGGAAAUAACUUCUCGUUGCGUUUUUAUUGUUUUCACAUCGAUUCGCGCUCAGUGUCGUCGCGAUUGGUUGGCAAGUAAACUUAAUAGCGAGAUAAAAUAGUUCACAUGCAAAAAUAAAACGGGAGUUAUUUAUCGAGUCCAAUAAGAUCCAAUAGAUAAUCACCGUUUAUACUUACCUGAAUAAAAUUUUAAAACAGCGAAAAUUUAUAUAAAAUAUUAAUAUCAGUUUGCAUGUACCUACUUCAAUAGAUUUCUAAAACUCGCGUUAUUGUCGCGAUAGA